AUGCGGAAGUCAAUUGAGUUGUAAGGCGGCAGUAGGAAACGAUUCAACUGGAGUCAUUAGUUUACAAGCAAUUCUAAUACAAUUUAAUUUAAUGCACGUCUUUGUUGGAUUGGAUUUUUUCUGCAAGUAACAGCCAGCUCAACUACUUGAACAGCCUUUCUAACCAUACUCAUUUAUAACAACCUAGAAAAGGGUAAUCUGAUAGCAAGGAAGUAUUUGACGAAAAAGGUAACGCUUUGCUAAGUCUAAUCUCAUACUGGGGAGAUGGCAUCUCUCAGUGCUGUAAACUCCACACUCGGAAGUCUACAAACAUGCCAAACAGACAUUGGCACAGGCAUGGAUAUGAUAACUGAGGUCGCCUUGGAUCUCGUUGAGUCUGAAGGUACUGCUGAUAGUCCGAACUUGAAGAAGAUGGAGGAGAUGAUGCUGGAAAGUGCCAAACUUGAUAGAGAGAUAGAACAUUUUGUUACAGCCGUUAACACGAUGACCUCUCAGGUUAGACAUGAUCCCGAGGCCAUGGUUGCCCUGAGCAAGUCUGUAAAGGCAGAGUUUGCCCGGCUCAUGGAAGGGGCGUCGGAUGCUGAGCUGAAUCAGCACCCCAAGGUGGUGGCCUUCAAAGACAGCAUCCAGUCUUCUCUGCCGGAGGCUAACCAGGCAGCAACAGAAGCAGAGGACUUGGAUGAAGAUAUCGCUCUCACCCAAAGCCAGUUCAACUUCACCUGUCCUCUCACACAGGAAGAAAUGGUGAAUCCGGCGAAGAACAAGAAGUGCCAGCAUUACUACGAGCAAGAGGCGGCCCUGUCUAUGAUCAAAAGCAAGCACAAGAAUGGCAAGAAGUUCAGGUGUCCUGUGGUUGGCUGUGACAACAAGGACGUGAAGCCGACCGACCUGGUACUGGACGCCAUCAUGAAGAGGAGGAUCCAAAAUCAUAAGAGGCAAAACGCAAAGAAAUAAGCUUUUUAUCAUUAUUUUUGUGUUCUUUUGUUAUUAUUUUCACUGAAUAUGUAUGUUUGAUUUGGUGAAAGAAUAUGACGUGAAUGUUUUGAAGUUGGUUUUAUAUAUGGUUUCUACUGAUGUACAGUUCAAGAUCUACGAGGUCUUUACUAUAGAAAUUUGAAUUAAUAAGCCUGGUCUAUUAUUCAGACCGUGUUGAAUAAAACAAUAAAGCUCUUGUUCCAACGA